AUGAGCACCAAGGAAUGCGAGGCGGAGUGCUUGAAGAACUGUUCCUGUACAGCAUAUGCAAAUUCAGAUAUUAGAGGAGGCAACGGUUGUUUGAUCUGGUUUGGGGAUUUGAUUGAUAUUAUGGGGUACAGCGAAGAAAAUGAUAUUAGUGGGUAUUCAGAAGAAAAUCCUGGGCAAGACAUCUAUAUUCGACUGCCUGCUUCAGAACUUAGUGAAAGAAAGAAAGAAGACGUAGAGGUACCUUCAUUUGAUUUUACAACAAUUGCUACCGCAACAAACAAAUUCUCUCAAGCAAAUGUGAUUGGAGCUGGUGGAUUUGGUCCUGUUUAUAAGGGAAAUCUAUGUAAUGGACAAGAUAUUGCUGUGAAGAGGCUGUCAAAGGAUUCAAGACAAGGUCUUAAAGAGUUCAAGAAUGAAGUUGUUCUCAUUGCCAAACUUCAACAUAGGAAUCUUAUCAGCCUUUUAGGCUACUGCAUUCAAGGAGAUGAAAGGAUGUUAAUCUAUGAGUACAUGCCCAACAAAAGCUUGAAUUAUUUCAUUUUUGAACAAAAUGAAAGUGCAAUGCUGGCAUGGCCAAAGCGUUAUGAGAUUGUUGUUGGGAUUGUGCGAGGACUUCUCUAUCUCCACCAGGACUCUAGACUUCAACUCAUCCACAGGGAUCUGAAAGCAAGCAAUAUUUUAUUAGAUAUCAACUUGAACCCAAAAAAAUCAGAUUUUGGCUUAGCAAGAACUUUUGGAGGAGAUGAAAGUGAAGUGAAGACAGAUAGAGUUGUUGGAACAUACGGCUACAUAUCUCCUGAAUAUGCAGUUGAUGGAACAUUUUCAGUGAAAUCUGAUGUGUUUAGCUUGGGUGUGCUUAUGUUAGAGAUAGUGAGUGGCAAGAAAAAUAGAAAGUUUUUUCAUCCAGAUCACUGCCAUAACCUUUUGGGACAUGCAUGGUUGUUGUGGAAGGAGGGCAGGGCGUUGGAACUAUUGUUUACCUGUUUAGAGGAUCUUUUCCCGAUCAGUUUCUGGAGUUUUUGCGAGCUGGGUUAAUGGGUUUUGAAGUAUCGGGUCAGGAAGUUAAUACUUUCUCUAGUAAGGAACUUUUAAGUCUUCCUAGGGAGGUCAUACUUGUGGAGGAUGCAGUUGAUUUUUCUGUGGGGUUUGGUGAAACUAAAGUGUCAGAUUGUUUACCUCUGCAAAUCAUUGAUCCGGGUGUGUCAACAAAGUUGGUAGAGUUGGAGGAGGGCACUGAGGUAUUGAGUAUUGAGAAUAAGUUAGAUAUUUCUAGCUGGGUGAAGCACAUAAUUCCUGGGUUCAGUAAAUUGGUUGGGUUGUCAACGACUAGACAUGAGAAGUUGUGCAUUGCUCUCUUACAGAGGCUAGAAACUGAGAUGGAAGCAGCCAAUGUGUUACACAAGAGAGAAAUGGGUAGUAAAAAAGUGGCUAAGUCCAAAAACAAGGGACGUAGAGAGUUGCAAAACUUAAUAUGUUUGGUGAAUUAUGACAGGAGAUAAAAGGUGGUCUUGUGUUGGUGUCAAUAGCAGGGGUUAGUUUAGUGUUUAUGAAGAUAAGAAUGAUUUCGUGGAAUGUUAGAGGUUUAAAUGAUCCUCAAAAACGUCUUGUGGUGAAGAAUUUGUUGCGGGAGUGGAAGUGCGAUGUUGUUUGUUUACAAGAGACGAAGAUUGCUAGCAUGAAUAGACAGUUGGUUUGUAGUUUGUGGAGCUGUCCAUAUGUGGAUUGGGCUGUUUUGGAGGCUGAUCGAACUGCUGGCGGUAUCUUGCUUAUGUGGGAUAAAAGGGUUUUGGAGAAGCUGGAGGUUAUG